ACCACCACCCGCCGCCCCCGCACGCGUACCACGGCCCAUGGCACCCCGCGCCCCAGCCGCCGCCGUCGCAGAUGCCCGCGCUCACGGGGCCCCCGCCCGAGUUCGUCGGCCACCAGCAGGCGCUCAAGGUGAAGAACGACAUCAACCUGCGCAAGGACACCAUCCGCCUCGUGCCCGACGCCGCCGACCCUGACCGCCGCCUCGUCUCCUUCACCUUCGACGCGGUCACCGACGGCAGUUUAGUUAUACAUUACUUUGCCAAGGAAGGAAAAGACUGCAAUUUUUCUUCAGUGUAUCCAGACUUGCAGACACCAACAAAGAUACCUUUCCAGAAAGGAUUGGCUCAAAAUUAUGUCCAGCCCUCUGGAUCUGGCAUUGAUCUGGGAUUCUUUUCUCUGGAUGAGCUUUCAAAUCCUUCAGAGGAAGUAUACCCACUGGUAGUUUAUGCGGAAGCUUCUCCAUCUCCAGAGGAAGGUGGUCAAACAGUAAACUCCACACGGGCACAAAUUACACUUGCUGUUAUAGAGAAACAUAACGACGAUCUUCAAGUCAAAGUUGUCAAGCAAAUAUUGUGGAUUAAUGGUGUGCGCUAUGAACUGAAAGAAAUAUAUGGGAUUGUCAACUCCACGGAAGCUGAUGUUCCUGAUGCUGACGAUGAUGGCAUGGGGAAAGAAUGCGUUAUCUGCUUGACAGAGCCAAGGGACACUGCUGUUUUUCCUUGCAGGCAUUUGUGUAUGUGCAGUGAAUGUGCACAAGCUCUAAGGCUCCAAUCAAAUAAAUGCCCCAUAUGCAGACAGCCUGUUGAGAAACUAAUGGAGAUCAAAGUUAGGAGUUCUGAGCCAUAAGGAAGACUAUGCUGUUUGCUCUUCAUGCUGAGGAUGUGUGAAUAAUAAGCUGAAAAAUGAUGGUGUAUGGGGCUUCAUCAGCUCCCGAAGUUUCUUUUUGUUUCUGGUUAGCGGGCAAAGUCUUUGGAGAAUUACGAGUAUGAAUUGUACAGUACAAAUGUAAAGUCGUGGCGGAGAUUCCAAACAUGUAAAAGCAUCUAAAGCCUGUGAAUCCGUGUACAUAUUGGUGUGGAUUUUUUGCUGCUACUACUUGUGUCGGCAACCUGUUUUGAUAACAUGCUCUUAUUUUCUUUCAAAAAUAAAUAAUAACACGCACUUAUUAUUUA